AUGGCGGCGGGCCAGGGGCGCAGGGCGCGGCUCCCGGGGAGGGCGUCGGCGUGCCGGCGGUCGGCGGAUCGAAUGGCCGGGGGAUGGCGGGCGGCGGGGCCGUGGCGCGUGGGACUGCGCGGGGCCAGGCGGACAAGGCAGCAACUUUGUGCUGAAGAUGAUGGUGUGGUGUUGGAAGAGGUUGAAGGCGAAGUUGAAGCCAUAUUGGAAGAGGUUCCAGAGAUUGAGUCCUCUGACUCAGAGGACGAAAAUCUGGUUCCCCUUAAAGAAGCUCUUGACAGGGCAAAAGCACUGGCGUUGAGCUCAUCCUUCAAGAGGGAAGCCUUAGAAGCUGAGGCCCAAGGUGUUGCAGAACUCGCUGUUGAAGCACGGGAUGCAUUCAAGCGGAGCAGCAAGAAGCUGGAAGAGGCCAUGUCAGAGAAAAAGGCAUUUGCUAUAGAGAUACAGGAUCUAGAGGAGAGGAAAGAGCAACUCGAUGCCAGGAUACUGGAGAUAAAGAAGGUGAAGGAAGUGGAAGCAGAUGAUGCACAAAUCGAUGGGGAAGAAGCUGUGUCCCGUUUGGAGGGCGGUCUGAACUUGUCCUCUGCCGAAUGGAUUUCUGAGUAUGAUGAGAGUGCGGAAGCUGAGGAUGUGGCGGCAAGCUUGCAGGCAUCCGCUGAUUUGAAUGAAGAACUCAAGAUCGUGAGGAUCGACAUUGAGACUGCCUCCAACAGAAUAGCAAAGCUUCGGAGCUUGCAAGAGGAACAAGAAUCAAAGAUAAAAGACUUGAGGGAAAAUGCACUUGCUGCUGAGCUGGAGGCAACGGUGUUCGAAGAAAGGGCAUCUGCGGUCAUGACUGCAUGUGCAACAGCUGUCACAAAUGAAUUGGAAGCCAAGGCAGUGUUGAAGGAAACAGAGCUUGCUCUCGACAAAGCCAUGGACGAUACAGAAGCACUGCUGUCCACACAAGAUUUUGACGACGAUGAAGAAGUAGAGGAAGAGGAGGAGGUCGUUAAAGUGGUUGAGAAAGAUGAGCCAUCCGAAAAGGCAAAGACCAUUGGAGAUGCAGAGGGAGGUGUGGCUGUUCUGAUGCCACGCGCCGAAGUUCCUUCUACCCCUCCAGCUCAAAAGAAGGACAAGAAAAAGGACAGUCUGGCAGCUGAACACUCUGUCAUGCAGCCUGUUGCACUUUUUUUAAAGAAGUAUGGCAAGGCUGUGGGAGCCAUGCUGCUCGCCACAGCAGCUUCAAUUGUCUUCCUUCAGUCACCUGCUGGAAAGACUCUGUUGAGCUCUGCAGGCCACUUCUUCAGCAAAUUGUCACAUCACCUUGCUGACUUCUGGCACUACAUCAUUCCCUCAUCACAUGCGGGUGCGGAGGGCUUCCUCCAAACUAUAUGGCUGCUGUUGAUGAGCGUAGUCAUGGUCCCACUCGUCCUGAAAGGCAUUCCUGGAGGGACGCCUGUCUUGGGAUUUCUGAUAGCUGGUUGCAUUGUGGGCCCCAAUGCACUGGGGAUCGUCAAGGACAUGGAGGGUGUGCAUAUGCUGGCAGAGCUGGGCGUCGUUUUCCUUCUCUUCAACAUCGGCCUUGAGCUCAGUCUGGAGAGGCUGAGGUCUAUGGCGAAACUGGUCUUUGGGCUUGGAAAUGCCCAGGUGCUCAUCACAAUUUUCGCUGUGGCCUUCACAGCGGCUGGUAUAACGGGAGUGUCGGGGCCUGCAGCAAUAGUUAUCGGCUGUGCACUGGCUCUGUCAACAACAGCUGUGGCGAUGCAGGUGUUACAGGAUCGCGGUGAAAAUGGCGCAAGGCAUGGGAGGGCCACAUUCUCUGUUCUCCUCCUGCAAGAUCUGGCUGUUGUCGUUGUCCUCAUCAUGAUCCCAUUGUUGGCGCCAAAGAACGGGGCUAUGGCAGGGGGGUUGCAGCCAAUCCUCAAGAUCCUUGGAACAGCAGCUGUCAAGGCCGCUAUCUGCAUAACGGGAAUGAUAGUUUUUGGCCGUGUGCUGUUGAGACCCAUCUACAGGGCGAUCGCAGGUUUUGAGAACAAGGAAAUCUUUGCCGCUCUGACCUUGCUUGUUGUCUUGGGAGCAAGCAAGCUCACUGAAGUGUCAGGCUUGUCGCUCGCUUUGGGGGCAUUUCUAGCUGGCCUGCUGUUGGCAGAGACAGAGUAUGUGCUGCAGGUUGAGUCUGACAUUGCUCCCUACAAGGGGCUGCUGAUGGGCUUGUUCUUCAUGGCAGUCGGCAUGGAGAUCGACUUGGGAAUGCUUUUCGCACAGUGGAAGUCGGUGUUGCUGUCAUUAACGAUCCUGCUGGCUGGGAAGGUGGCAAUUAUGGCCACUGUUGGGCCCCUGUUUGGGCUCUCUCGCCUGACGGCCAUCCGGUCUGGACUGUACCUGGCUGCAGGUGGCGAGUUUGCAUUCGUUACUGUGGGAGAAGCAGAAGUCCAGGGUAUCUUGCCACUGCCCCUCGUAAACCAGAUCUACUUGGUGGUGGCACUCAGCAUGGCCCUUCUCCCGUACCUUGCCAUUCUGGGUGAGAAACUGGGCUCCUUGUUUGAGAAGGGUGACGUGAGGGCACUCCAGCCCAGGAGCGGCGACAGUGGCAGCCAGAAGGACCACGUCAUUAUUGCCGGCUUCGGUCGUGUGGGCUCGCUUGUUGCUCGUCUCCUGAGCGAACGGCUGAUUCCAUUUGUUGCACUUGACGUACAGAGCGACAGAGUCCAGAACGGCAAAGCCUUGGAUCUCCCCAUCUACUUCGGUGAUGCUGGAAGUCAGGCGGUGCUACAGAGCGUUGGAGCGAAGAACGCCAAAUGCAUUGUGGUGGCUCUGGACAGCCCUGGUGCCAAUUACCGGUGUGUAUGGGCCGCCAGCCGCCAUUUCCCCCACGUUCCAGUCUACGUCCGGGCGCGGGACGUGGACCAUGCAAGAAAUCUGGAGAAAGCUGGAGCGUCCGUUGUGGUGCCUGAGACCUUGGAGCCUAGCCUGCAGCUUGCCGCUUCCGUGCUGAACCAGACGGAUGCCUCCCCCGAGGAGGUGGCCGUAGCCAUUGACACAUUCCGACGAGGCCACCUUUCGGAGCUGGAGACGCUUGCCAAGGAGACGGGCUACAGCAUGGGCUACGGCUUCAAUCGAAUGAAGGACGGCUUGAUGAGGAUGGAGGAGGAUGAGGAUGUCGACGGGGUGGCCCUGGGGACGGCGGCAGCGCCCGAGGGCGCCUGA